GUGAAUUACAGUUCCAGGCUGGAGUGAGGAAGAAGGAGAGAAAGAGAGUCUGAGGAUGCCACAAUGGCUGCCAGUGGAUUAAACACACCGUCGGGUGACUACCUCCAUCUCUCAGAGCUGAGGAUUGUGCUGCUGGGAUACAGAGUAGCUGGGAAGAGUUCAUCCGGAAACACCAUCCUGGGCAGAAAGGAGUUUGACCUGAGGAGAACUGCUCAGUGUGUGAAGAGACAGGGAGAAGUAGCAGGGAGGCAGGUAACUGUGGUCGACACUCCAGGCUGGUGGGCUAAUGACCCUGUAGAGGUGACUCCUGAGCUGGUUAAACAGGAGAUUGUGGUCAGUGUGUCUCUGUGUCCCCCAGGACCCCACACUCUCCUCCUGGUCAUAGAUGUGGAUGACACAUUCACUGAGGAAUACAGAAGAGCAGUAGAGGAACACUUGACCCUUCUCAGUGAGACAGUCUGGAGUCACACUAUCGUGCUGUUCACCCAUGGGGACUUUUUAGGAGACACAACCAUUGAGCAGCACAUUGAGAGACAAGGGAAGGCCCUCCAGUGGCUUGUUGAAAAAUGUGGAAACAGGUAUCAUGUCCUCAACAAUAAAAACAGGGGUGUUGGCACUCAGGUCACAGAGCUGCUGAAUAACAUAGAGGAGACGGUGGAAGGAAACAGAGGAGGACAUUAUGAGAUAAAGAGAGAGAUACUAGAGAAGAUAGUAAAAAAAAGGAAAGCAGAGGAAGAGAGAGCAAAACAGAGACUGUUGAAGGUGCAGGAACAGAGAAAGACCCUCAGAUCACUAACAGACAUCUCAGUUUGGAUGUCAGCCCACCUCAUCAAGCUCAACCUCGACAAGACGGAGCUGCUCUUAUUCCUGGGUAAGGCUUGCCUGCUCCAAGACCUCUCCAUCACGGUUGACAACUCUACGGUGUCCCCCUUCCAGAGUGCAAAGAACCUCGGCGUGAACCUGGAAAACACCCUGUUGAUUUGCUGA